CGCCGAGGCACGUGUGCAGUCCCGGAAGCGGCUGCGGGAAGCUGCCCAGCGCGCGCCGCGGGAGGAAGCGCAGCCGGGUCCGCUGGGGUCGGGUCCGGCUGGACCAUGGAGCCGUUGCCUGAGCUCGCGCCUCGGCCCGGGCCCCGCUGUCUUCUGCUUCUCUCCCUGCUACUGUUGCUGCUGCUGCUACUGCCGACCCCGGAGCUGGGCUCCAGCUCCGCGCACGCCGAGGAGACCGAUUGGGUUCGACUUCCCAGCAAAUGCGAAGUGUGUAAAUAUGUCGCUGUGGAGCUGAAGUCUGCUUUUGAGGAGACAGGAAAGACCAAGGAAGUGAUCGACACAGGCUAUGGCAUCCUGGAUCGGAAGGCUUCCGGCGUCAAAUACACCAAGUCCAUUUCAGAGCCCCCAGACCAGAUGACCUAUCUUCCUUCCAGCUCUGACUUCCCUUUGGUGAGAUGCGCAGGAGCUCAGUCCCUCUUGUGCUCCUGUCUCUGCAGGGACUUACGCUUAAUCGAAGUCACUGAGACCAUCUGCAAGAGGCUCCUGGACUACAGCCUGCACAAGGAGAGGACCGGCAGCAACCGGUUUGCCAAGGGCAUGUCUGAGACCUUUGAGACCCUGCACAACCUGGUCCACAAAGGGGUCAAGGUGGUGAUGGAUAUCCCCUACGAGCUGUGGAAUGAGACCUCUGCAGAGGUGGCUGACCUCAAAAAGCAGUGUGACGUGCUGGUGGAAGAGUUUGAGGAGGUGAUCGAGGACUGGUACAGGAACCACCAGGAGGAAGACCUGACUCAGUUCCUCUGCGCCAAUCACGUGCUGAAGGGCAAGGACACCAGUUGCCUGGCAGAGCAGUGGUCCGGCAAGAAGGGGGACACAGCCGCCCUGGGAGGGAAGAAGUCUAAAAAGAAGAGCAGCAGGGUCAAGGCAUCGGGCGGCAGCAGCAAACAGAGGAAGGAGCUAGGUGGCCUGGAGGAAGACCCCAGCCCCGAUGAGGAUGAGGGCAUCCAGAAGGCGUCCCCUCUCACACACAGCCCCCCGGAUGAGCUUUGAGCCUAACCCAGUGCCCCCUGAACCGAGACCUCUGAUCUGGAACCUGAGGAAUCCGGGACCCCGCUCUGGCUGGCGGACAGCUGUCCUGUUCCAGGCCCUGCCUGGCGGCUUGCCACCAGGAAAGACAGGGUCAGGGAAGAACU